AUGGUCUCUCUUAAAUUACAAAAGAGAUUAGCCGCCUCUAUUCUCAAAUGCGGUAAAGGUAGAGUUUGGAUUGAUCCAAAUGAAAUUACUGAUGUCUCAAUGGCCAACUCAAGAGAUGCUGUCCGUAGAUUAAUCGCAACCGGUUUCAUCAUCCGUAAACCAGUCGUCGUCCACUCACGUUCCCGUGCUCGUGCCCAUGAAGCCGCCAAACGUUUAGGUCGUCACAGAGGUCACGGUAACCGUUUAGGUACUCGUGAAGCUCGUUUACCAUCAAAAAUCCUUUGGAUUCGUAGAAUCAGAGUCUUAAGAAGACUUUUAAGAAAAUACCGUGAAGCCAAGAAAAUCGACAGACACGCUUACCGUGAAUUAUACUUAAAAGCCAAAGGUAAUGUCUUCAAGAACAAACGUACCUUAAUUGAAUACAUCGUCAAAGACAAGAAAGAAAAACUCAGAGAAAAACACAUCCAAGAUGAAGCUCAAGCCCGUAGAAACAAGAACAAAUCACUCAAAGAAAGACGUGCUGCCAAAUCUGCUGCUAAA